UUUUUAAGAUUUGUGCAUUUUUAUAAGAAAAUGGCUCGAAUGAAUCGCCCAGCACCUGUGGAAAUUACCUACAAAAACAUGAGAUUCCUGAUCACACACAACCCUACCAAUGCAACCUUAAAUAAGUUCAUAGAGGAAUUGAAGAAAUACAGUGUUACCACAGUUGUUAGAGUAUGUGAAGCAACUUAUGAUACAUCUCCAGUUGAAAAAGAAGGCAUUCAGUUUUUGGACUGGCCCUUUGAUGAUGGUGCUCCACCUUCCAACCAGAUUGUCGAAGAUUGGCUUAGCCUUUUGAGAGUUAAGUUCCGAGAAGAGCCUGGUUGUUGUGUUGCUGUCCAUUGUGUGGCAGGACUUGGACGAGCUCCAGUUCUGGUGGCCUUGGCGCUAAUUGAAUGUGGCAUGAAGUAUGAAGAUGCCGUUCAGUUCAUUCGACAGAAACGACGUGGGGCCUUUAAUAGUAAGCAGCUCCUGUACUUGGAGAAAUACCGUCCCAAAAUGCGUCUGCGCUUCAAGGAUUCAAAUGGUCAUCGGAAUAACUGCUGCAUCCAAUAAUACCAGAGGAUUGAUCACUUAAUUCAUUUGAAGGCAUUGAAGAUGGCCAGCUUGGCUAAUUCAGCAGAAGAACGUAAAGUUUUUAGAUGUGCUUUGUAAUGUCUACUGGUGCUUCCUUAGGAGUUGAGCGACGAAGGUGAUGUUUUGUUUUAAACCCUGAGAUUCUUGCCUUCAAAUCCACUUCUUGUGAGCUUAAAAAGUUGCUGCUGUAUGUUUCUGAACUAGAAUAAGAGGGUCCCUCCACAAUUGGUUUCAAAGUAUAGACUCUUGUCCACAUUAAUUGCUUUAACAGCUGUGAAAUACAGCAUGUAUACCUUUGCUGUUUACAGAUGCGAAGUAGAAUGGCUAAAUUAAGCAACAAAUUGCUGCCACAAAUGUUCCAUAUGUCUGUAAAAAGCUGGAACCUCUUGAGCAAUUCCUCCCUUCUCACUUCCACCCUGCACCCUGAGACACUGUGCAUUGCUAAACAAUUUGUUGGCUUUUUGAUAUCUCAUUGAAAGUUUGCCUGAAUUGGUCAAUGCUACAUGAAUCGUGUACAGAGAUCCUUCAAUUGAGUGUCCUGCACGCUAGCGCCAAAAGAUUUAACUCUGCUGGCUGAUCAUGAUAUGUUUCAACACUGUUUACAUGCCCUCUCACAGUCGCACUAGAUCUAGUUGCUGCACAACAGAUGUCUAUGUUACUUCAAAAGAAAUUGUUAACUUAAGAGUCAACAGUACAUUUGAAUGCCCUCUUAUCUAUAUUAUAGUUUCAAAAAGGCUUAAUGCAUUUUAGUUGAAUCAUAAAAUAUACCAUUCAUUCAAAUCUGUCCCUUUGUCACACUAGGCUCCCAAACGUUUUGGUUCACUCAAAUGCAUUUUGCAAAGCUCAGCAUAUAGAAGCACACACGAGUUUUAAGUUUUCAAAAUGAAGCCUUACUGGCACUCCACAAUUGAUCCAAAGGGAGAGCCUGAGACAAUGAUUUGGCGGGGGGGU